AUGGACGCAAUCCUCUUGCGCAACCUCGUGGAGAUCCAAUCCGCACAGUCCCCCGACGAAGCAACCAGACCUCUCACAGCGCCGGAGAGGACCUACCAGCGCAAGAACUCGUCCGGAGGCCCAUUCCAAGAAGACAUUGCCCAUGUUCGGCCCACAACGUCUCGUGGAAAUAGCUUCGCCUCUGGCGUAGUCACUCCUCGGACGGACGACACCGACCUCGAGAGGAGCCGUCCGACGAGUCCCAUUCCCGGCGUCGAUGUCGUGGAGGUGAUGCCCAGCGCGUGGGAGCCACGCAUUAACAGAUUCCGGCUGCUGUCCGUGUGUCUGGCCAACUUUGGGAAUGCGUUGAGCGACAGCGCUGCCGGUGCUUUGAUUCCCUACAUGGAGAAACACUACGACAUCGGCUACGCCGUCGUCUCGCUCAUCUUCGUCGGCCAGGCUCUCGGCUUCGUCUUCGCCGCCAUCUUCCUCGACACGCUCCGCGCCAAGCUCGGCCGCGCCAAGCUCCUCGGCCUCGGCCAGAUGGCCAUGGGAUGCGCCUACAUCCCGCUCGUCGCCGCGGCGCCCUUUGGCGUCGUCGUCGCCGCCUUCUUCUUCGUCGGCCUCGGCAUCGCCAUCAACGUGGCCAUGGGCAACAUCUUCUGCGGCAGCCUGCAGAACAGCACCGUCAUGCUGGGCCUGCUUCACGGGAGCUACGGCAUAGGGGGCACUUCGGGCCCGUUGAUCGCCACGGCGCUGGUAACGGUUGCGCACACGUCGUGGAAUCACUACUAUGCCAUAACCCUGGGCAUGGGCUUCCUCACCAUGGCCCUCUCGGCGUGGGCCUUUUGGAGGUUCGAGCGGGAGCAGAGCCCGGCGGCCCGAGAGAGGGAGGCGAUGCCGGACAACUCGGCCGUGCUGGGCAUGCUGGCCGCGGUCAAGCUGCGCAUCGUGCUGCUCGGCUCGACCUUCAUCUUCGCCUACCAGGGCGCCGAGGUGUCCAUCUCUGGCUGGGUCAUCUCCUUCCUCAUCAACUCGCGCGGCGGCGACCCUUCGUCCGUGGGCUACGUCUCCGCCGGCUUCUGGGCGGGCAUCACCCUCGGCCGCUUUUUCCUGUCCGCGCCCGCGCAGCGCUUCGGCGAAAAGAUCUUCGUCUACGGCCUCGUCCUCGGAGCGCUGGCCUUCCAGAUCCUCGUGUGGUUCGUGCCCAACGUCGUGGGCGACGCCGUCGCCGUGUCCAUCGUCGGCCUGCUGCUGGGGCCCAUCUACCCGUGCUCCGCGGCCGUCUUCAUGCGCGGGCUGUCGCACCGGGACAAGCUGAGCGGCAUGGGGGCCAUCAGCGCGUUUGGCAGCCUGGGCGGUGCGGUGGCGCCGUUCGUGACGGGGCUGCUGGCGCAGGCGGUUGGGACGUGGGUGUUGCAUCCGAUUGUCAUUUUUCUGUUUGUAGUGAUGCUGUUGUGCUGGUACGGCAUUCCGGCGGAGACGAAGGAGAAGCAGUGA